AUGGAGAUGCGGGCCCACGAGUCACAACGCAGUAAUAAACUAGUUGCGCAUAUUAGAAGGGCCAAGGUUGUUUUUGGUCCGAGUUCGUACGACUUUGAGCCCGGUCUAGGCUUUGGAGUCUUUUUUCUCUCUUUACGAACCCACUUAGAAGUCCCAACUUAUCUCUUCCGGAAAAUAGAAGAGCUCAAAGCCAAAAGAGCCAACCAGCCCCACCUCACUCCAAGAGAGCCAAUUGUGCUCCUUUUUAUAGAUGCUUCUUUGGCCACUCCUAAAGUAUCAGCUGCAUUUAGCACUCUGCAAUUGGACCUACUCGCCUGCAAAGUCCGUUUUCUACCGGCUUAUACUCUACUAGAAGCGGCCAAGUACCUAGAACAACUUCAUCUCCAAGAGAAAGAAUCCGCCACCAACCUCCGCAAUUACAGCCAUACCAUUUACCGCCAGAAACAAGAACUUAUCAAAAGAGUGCCCAACCUAUCCGACUCUCCCACCUAUGUCCGGCAAACUCUCUUCAUAACUUCCAUCCCCAAAUUCAAUAUCAAGGAUGCCCAGCACUUACUGGCCACCUCCACCUCUCUUAAACAAUCCCUUCUUCGUAUUACUCCCCCACCAAAUACCACAACUACCACAGCCCCUCCUACUACUUCUACUACUUCUACCACUACCCGAGCAUCCAAAAAGUCUCCCAAAUCCACCAAACUAUCAACACCCACCACCACAGCAGGUAUUGGUCAGGUCAAAUUAGCUGCCCUCCAUGCCUUCCUCCAUCGCCCCUUUAAAUAA